UCUAUUCAUUCUUCACGCGGUGCUUGGUGAAGUAGAACCGACUGGUCCACGGGAUGUUGACAGAAUAAAAUCUACUACUUUUGAAACAUUUUUGUCGACCGUUUUCUUUUGGUAGUUUGGCUUUUACGUCGGUCAUAGCCAUCUUCAUCGCCUACAUAUAAUAUCCGGUAUUUGGCACCAGUGAUUGUUUUCUCUCUACCCCGCGGUACGGGUGCGUUAUUACCGAAAUGAAGGCUACUACUCCCGUCCGCCCCCAGAAGGAUACCUCAAGCAGCAGCGGCAACGAGCUUUCUUUACACUACCUCUCGGAUCACAGCCUGAACAUCGCUCGGUCGAGGUUGCAGGAAGAAGAGCAGCUGUGUCUGCAGGACGAUAUGAACCAGUGUUACAGUCGCCUCAAGCGCCUCGUACCCACCAUACCGCAGGAUAAGAAAGUCAGCAAAGUGGAGAUCCUUCAGCACGUCAUAGAUUACAUCUUGGACCUGCAGCUCGCGCUGGAGACGCACCCUUCCCUCCUGAAACAACAGACGGGGACCUUGACGGGGACGUGCCCGCCGUCCCCAGUCUCUAACCGGACACCACUAACGGUUCUCAACACAGACCACCAGGUGUGCAGAGCAGAGCUGAGAGCAGAGCUGAGAGCAGAGCUGAGAGCAGAGCUGAGAGCAGAGCUGAGAGCAGAGCUGAGAGCAGAGCUGCUCCAGUCCACAGCCAGCACAGCCUCAGCCUCCAGCCAGGGAAUCUCAGCCAGCCACAUGAAGCUUUAUCACACAGGGGAUACCCCCCCCGCUGGAGAACCUACGACUGGCAAAUAA